AUGUUCUACGACCGCUACGUGUCCAUCUGCAAACCCCUGCACUACGGGACCCUCCUGGUCAGCAGAGCUUGUGCCCAGAUGGCAGCAGCUGCCUGGGCCAGUGGCCUUCUCUAUUCAGUGCUGCACACAGCCAAUACAUUUUCCCUGCCCCUGUGCCAUGGCAAUGCCCUGGGCCAGUUCUUCUGUGAAAUCCCACAAAUCCUCAAGCUCUCCUGCUCCACAUCCCACCUCAGGGAAGUGGGGCUUCUUGGUGUUAGUGCCUUUUUAGUGUUUGGUUGUUUUGUGUUUGUUGUUUUCUCCUAUGUGCAGAUCUUCAGGGCUGUGCUGAGGAUCACCUCCGAGAAGGGACGGCACAAAGCCUUUUCCACCUGCUUCCCUCACAUGGCGGUCGUCUCCCUGUUUGUAAGCACUGCAUUGCUCGCCUACCUGAAGCCCCCCUCAAUCUUGUCCCCAUCCCUGGAUCUGGCCCUGUCAGUUCUGUACUCGGUGGUGCCUCCAGCCCUGAACCCCGUCUUCUACAGCCUGAGGAACCAGGAGCUCAAGGCUGUAGUGAGGAGAAUGAUGUUUGCUGUCAUCACUGCCUCCAGUGUUCUGCUCUACCUGGAACCAGGGGACACUUUCACGAGACGACUCACUCACACUAAUUCCACGCACUUCCCCCUGUUCCCGGCCGGCUUUCUCGCUUGUAUUGAGCUCCCAGCAAAUGUCCAGCAGGUUGAAAUCACCUACAAGAACAAGAGCUGA